UGGGCUGUCCACUGUUGAUACAGGACGUUCGACGCUCGAUGAUGCUGGGACUGCGCUUCUCUGACGGAGGACGUGUGCGUGUACCGUGUGAACGGUUCUUGAGGCACGAAGGUCGGGCGUUCUAUCGUGUGGUGCUCAAUGGAAAGCGCCCCAUGCGUGUUCUUGUUCGUGCCACUCGCGCAUUAGGUCGAAAGAAGGUGGACAUUCGAGGCACAUUCCGCGGUACUUAUCGACAAAUUUUCAAGCUUUCGUGUAUUAUUGUCCUUGCCUAUUUGGCUGCAGCGUCGGUGUUUACUCACGUGUUUGGGUCGGUGGUGGUGCUUCCUGCUGUCUACGUUGGUCUUGGAGCCGCAGUCGUGGUCUUCCUGGUGAAAGUUUUCUUCCCGGGCAAGGUGGUCACGGCCAGACAGAUCAAGCCGGCGGACGAAGAGCAUUCACGCUACUUUCUUGGAAACUGGAACUUUACGAUCGUGGCUCUUGAAGCCUCAGAAUCGGAGCGAGUGGAGAACAUCGAUAGUGGACUGAAGUCACUGCAGAAGAUGGCGUCAAUGAAAGUCCCGCCGGCUUUCUUGGUUGCAGAAAGUGGCGACGUUAUCAAGGCGGCGGAGCGAUAUGAAGCCACGUUGGCGUGGAGGAAGGAGGCGUUGGCAGACUCCAUUCUAUGCACGCCGCAGACCCAUUACGACACGAUCAAAGCGAACUACACGCAAUUCCUCCACAAGCACGACAAACUUGGGCACCCCUUGUACAUCGAGAAGGUCGGCUCUAUCAACAUCGCGCAACUUAAGAAACUCGGCGUCUCGCUGGACACACUGUUCAAACACUAUUUAUUCGCCAUGGAGUUUGCGCUCAAGUACGCGGCUCAGCACAUGUGUCCGUGUGACGCGUGUGUUGCGAGUGAGACGCAGAAGAUGUGCAUCAUCCUGGACGCGCGAGGGAUCGGCAUGCGUGACAUGGGCGGCGAAGUGUUCGAGUUCAUCCGUCGUUGCACGGGUGUGAUGCAGCGUCAUUACCCGCAACGUUCGUUCAAGAUCUUCAUCGUGAAUGUGCCGUCGUGGUUCGGUAUGGCGUGGAAAGGUGUGAAGCCGUUGCUGAACGAGGCCACGCGUGCGAAGACCAACAUUCUGACCGAGAGCGAGACUGCCACAGCGCUGCUAGAGUUCAUCGACGCUGAGAAUUUACCACUAGAGUACGGCGGAACAUGUUCGUGUAUGGGCGGAUGCGAGAAGAACUCGUCGUAUCAACUUCUGCAACAAGCGCUCGUCAAGAGUGUACUGGAGUGCAAGCCAUUCGAGUUCGACCAGUUGCUCCAACAGAUCGAGCGCGAACGUUCAGGAGAGAGCAGAUCUAGUAGUGAAGAAGAGGUUUCUACAGAGACUUCGGCAUCAUCUGCGCCUGUGAUGGGGCCAAUCAAACGCGAGACAUCUGCUACUGCAGUUCUGGACCAACUCUUCCGUCUUGGAAGCAGUAGCGACGACGGCUUCACACUUGACGGCGUAGAUGAUGAAGGAUUCUGUCGCUCCAUCCCUGCUGGGUUCUUCAGCGAGGAAGUGUUGAAAGCCGGGUAUUUGCUGAAGCGUUCCCUGCGUCACAAGCAGUUCAACCCCAUCUGGCAUCGUCAGCUUUUCAUUCUGCAUCCUCAGUUCCUACGCUUCGCCAAGACUUUGGACUCGGAGAUCUACCAGAUUGUGUCGUUGACUCAUGAUACGAUUGUGCAGAAGACAACGAAACAGAACAACAGUUUCGAGAUCAUCACACCGCUGAUGGCUGCUAAUGGACACUCACUGUUGCUGUACGCCCCCACGGCGUACGUUCUGAACAACUGGGUGGACGCCAUUACCGCGGCGAUCGACCAGUUGAAACUUAAGACGCCACUACCGGCUGCGAGCCCCCAGCGCUCGCCCAUUGUGUCGCCUCGCAACAAGCAGGAAGCCAGUCCAGACUUCGACAACCAGCCGACAAAUGCGACGGAGAACGUCAGGACGCCAUGA